GUGACGUGCGACGCAGCCACGUCGAUGACGUAGAAAUACGGGCGCGCGGCGGUGAGUUUAAAGAGUCUCGCUUGGAGGGCAGCGGUGAACGCAGCCUUUCACGAACACGUUACCGUCUGGAUCCGAACCGGAGCCGAUGUCGGAACACAGCAUGCCGCUGCAGGACCUGCCGUGCCUCAGCCCGCGGGGCUCCGUGUUGUCUCAGGCCCGGAGGACGUGCAAACGCCGGUCCAGAGGGUGUCUCGGCGAAGGCCUGGAGAUGGAAUGCACCCCAACAGAGCUCAUCCAGCAGUGGUCCCCGCUCCACAAGCACCAGCGGCUCGCCAGCAAGGGCAAAGAGAACGACGGCGGCCAGUUUGUUCUCGCUAGGAGAUCGAGGAGGAAGCGAGAAGCGGCGUCAUCAGACGUCUCGUGGGACCACCUGCCCGACGAGCUCCUUCUGCGGGUCCUCUUCUACGUUCCUCUGAAGGACCUCCUUAGGAUGUCCACAGUUUGCCAGCGCUGGCGUCGAAUAGCGCUGGAUGAGUCUCUGUGGCACAGCGUGGAUCUGGAGGGGUUGACCCACACGGGUCCAGCUCUGCAGCAGGUGCUGAAGACCGGCGUCCGCAUGCUGCGCUGCCCUCGCUCCUUCGUGGAGGAGCUGCACUUUACGGGCACCGGCCCUCUGCAGAUCGUUGUGAUGGACCUUUCCAGCUCCAUCAUCCCCACCGCAUCGCUGGAGAGCAUCAUGUGUCACUGCAGGCAGCUGGAGUAUCUGAGCCUGGAGGGUCUGCAGCUCUCCGACAACAUCGUCAGCUCUCUGUCCAAGAAUCCAAACCUGCUGCAGCUCAACCUGAGCGGCUGCUCUGGCUUCUCUGCUGCCGCUCUGGGCGACAUGCUGGCGUCCUGCUCCAGCGUCGAGCAGUUGAACAUCGCCUGGUGCGACUUCAGCAACGAUCACGUCAAGAGUGUGGUUGGCUGCGUGAGCGCCCGACUCACUCACCUGAACCUGAGCGGGUACAGAGAGGGACUCACGCUGGACGACGUGAAGAUACUGGUGACGAGAUGCCCCCAUAUUCAAACGCUAGAUUUAAGCGACAGCACCCUGCUGAUGGCCGACUGCUUCCCCGUCCUCAAGCCGCUGGCGGAUCUGCUGCAUCUCUCCCUGAGUCGCUGCUAUCACAUCCACCUGGCUGCCCUCACGGACCUGGAUACGACCUUCCCCGGGCUGAGCCUGCUGGACGCGUUCGGCAUCGUGAGCGGCAGCCACCUGUCCUCCCUGAAGAAGGAGAUGCCUCGCGUCGCCAUCAACUCCAGGCCCUUCUCCGGCGUCGCCCGGCCCACGCCGGCCUCCGGGCCCCUCGCCCACUUCAUGUGGGGCAGGAAGUGUCGGCUGAGGGUCCAGCAGUGACCCGUCUGCCUGAAGCCCGGCUUGUUCCCGCUGCAGGGUGUUGGAUCCUGCAGGAGUCGGCCCGUGGUGCCGUGACGAGCCACGUUCCAGUGUUUGUCGCUGCUACCGGAGAUGUUUCUACGCGUCAACGGCGGCUUCC